AUGACUUCCUUCCCCAAAAACAAGAUCAAAGUUUUGCUCUUGGAGAACAUUUCUCAAACAGCGGUUGAUCUCUUCUCACGAGAAACCUUCUCCGUCGAGAGCCUCUCAAAAUCUCUCUCCGAAGAAGAACUCAUCCAAAAACUGAGCACUGAAAACAUUCAUCUGCUCGGAAUUCGUUCCAAGACUAAACUCACAGAAAGAGUCAUUGAGGCUGGAUCCAAAAACAAAUUAAAAGCAGUCGGUUGUUUUUGCAUUGGAACGGACCAAGUGGAUUUAGAGGCAUGCGAGAAGAGAGGAAUUGCUGUGUUCAAUUCUCCCUAUGCCAAUACAAGAUCGGUGGCUGAAUUAGCCAUGGCAGAAAUUGUCAUGUUGGCUCGGAAAGUCCCCGAACAUAUUCAAUCCAUGCAUAAAGGCAAUUGGUACAAGAUUGCCCGAGAUUGCUAUGAGGUGAGAGGAAAGACUCUCGGUAUUGUGGGGUAUGGUCAUGUUGGAAGUCAAUUGGGUUUACUGGCUGAAGGUUUCGGAAUGAGUGUGAUUUACUAUGAUAUUGAACACAAGUUACCAUUGGGUAAUGCCAAACCAGUGGAAAGCUUAGAAAUACUCUUAAAGUCUUCCCAUGUGGUUUCGUUACAUGUUCCUAAAACUGAACAAACCAACAUGAUGAUUAAGGAAGAGCAAAUUCGAAUGAUGCCACCCAAGAGCUUCUUUUUGAAUUUGUCUCGAGGAAGUGUCGUGGAUGUUGAGGCAGUGGCUCGUGCUCUUCGAGAUGGUCACUUGAUUGGUGCUGCCAUUGAUGUCUUUCCAACCGAGCCCAGUAAAGAUGGAGAGGGUGUCUUUGUUUCACCAUUGCAGAACUGCCCAAAUACAAUUCUCACUCCACAUAUUGGUGGAAGUACCAUUGAGGCACAAGACGCCAUCGGUAAGGAAGUGGCACAGAAAUUAAUUCAAUACAUGAAUGAAGGAUGUACGGUGGGCUCUGUGAAUUUCCCACAAAUCAAUCCAGUGCACUAUGAUGGAUGCCAUCGUUUGUUGCACAUUCAUGUAAAUCGACAUGGUGUGUUGAAAUCGAUCAAUGCCUUGCUGCAAGAUUACAAUGUGGUGAGUCAAUUAUUGGGAACUACCAAACAUAUUGGUUACAUGGUGAUUGAGGUCGAUAAGAAUGUGGCUGAUGAGGUUUUUACUCAAAUCAAUGACUUGGAUUGUACCAUUAAGGCAAGAGUGUUGUUUUAA